AUGUCCAAGAAAGGGCGAAAUAAGGGCGAGAAGCCCGAAGCGCUCAUCGUCGCCCUUCAAGCUGCCAAUGAAGACCUCAGAACCAAGCUCACUGACAUCCAGAUAGAGCUGCAUCAGGAGAAGUCCAAGGUGUCUAAGCUUGAGAGAGAGAAGACUCAAGAAGCAAAGAGGAUCCGUGAGCUGGAGCAGCGCAAGCACACGGUCCUGGUGACGGAACUCAAAGCCAAGCUCCACGAGGAGAAGAUGAAGGAGCUGCAGGCCGUGCGGGAGAAUCUCAUCAAGCAGCACGAGCAAGAAAUGUCAAGGACAGUGAAGCUGCGGGAUGGGGAGAUCCAGAGGCUCAAGUCGGCCCUGUGUGCUCUCCGGGACGGCAGCAGCGACAAAGUACGGACAGCGCUCACCAUCGAGGCCCGGGAGGAGGCCCGGAAACUGUUUGACGCGGAGCGCCUUAAGCUCCUGCAGGAAAUUGCGGACCUGAAAACUGCCAAGAAGCAGGUGGACGAGGCUCUCAGCAAUAUGAUCCAAGCGGAUAAAAUAAAAGCUGGGGACCUAAGGAGCGAGCAUCAGUCCCACCAGGAAGCCAUCUCGAAGAUCAAGUGGGAGUCAGAGCGAGAUAUUCGGAGGCUGAUGGAUGAGAUUAAAGCCAAGGACAGGAUCAUCUUUUCCCUGGAAAAGGAACUGGAGACCCAAACCGGCUAUGUACAGAAACUGCAGCUGCAGAAGGAGGCUUUGGAUGAACAGCUCUUUCUGGUCAAGGAGGCCGAGUGCAACAUGAACAGUCCGAAACGAGAGAUUCCGGGAAGAGCAGGAGACGGCUCUGAGCACUGCGGCAGUCCUGAUUUGAGAAGAAAUCAAAAGAGAAUAGCUGAAUUGAAUGCCACCAUAAGAAAAUUAGAAGACAGGAAUACCUUGCUUGGAGAUGAACGAAAUGAACUGUUAAAACGUGUGCGAGAAACCGAAAAGCAAUGUAAACCUCUUCUGGAAAGGAACAAGUGCCUCGCCAAGAGAAACGAUGAACUGAUGGUGUCUUUGCAGCGCAUGGAAGAGAAGCUAAAAGCUGUGACAAAGGAAAAUUCAGAAAUGAGAGAAAAAAUAACAUCCCAUCCACCCUUGAAGAAAUUAAAAUCACUGAAUGACCUCGAUCAAGCUAAUGAAGAACAAGAGACAGAGUUUUUAAAACUUCAAGUCAUUGAGCAGCAGAACAUCAUUGAUGAGCUCACAAGGGACCGAGAAAAGCUCAUCCGUAGGAGAAAACAUAGAAGAAGUUCCAAGCCAAUUAAGAGGCCUGUUUUGGACCCAUUUAUUGGCUACGAUGAGGACUCCAUGGAUUCAGAGACGUCAUCUAUGGCAUCAUUUAGAACAGACCGAACACCAGCUACUCCUGAUGACGACUUGGAUGAAAGUUUAGCGGCUGAAGAAUCGGAGCUACGCUUUCGACAAUUAACAAAAGAAUACCAGGCCCUUCAGAGAGCAUAUGCCCUCCUACAGGAGCAGACUGGAGGCAUCAUCGAUGCUGAAAGAGAAGCCAAGGCUCAGGAACAGCUUCAAGCAGAGGUGCUAAGGUAUAAAGCCAAAAUUGAAGAUCUGGAAGCGACUCUGGCUCAAAAAGGGCAGGAUUCACACUGGGUAGAAGAUAAACAACUUUUCAUUAAGAGAAACCAGGAGCUUUUAGAAAAGAUAGAAAAACAGGAGGCAGAAAAUCACCGGUUGCAACAAGAACUACAGGAUGCCCGAGACCAGAAUGAGCUGCUGGAGUUUCGAAACCUAGAGCUAGAAGAAAGAGAGAGACGAUCCCCUCCAUUUAAUCUACAAAUUCACCCAUUCUCAGAUGGUGUGAGUGCUCUACAGAUCUACUGUAUGAAAGAAGGUGUCAAGGAUGUGAACAUCCCUGAUCUCAUAAAGCAGCUUGAUAUCUUGGGUGAUAAUGGGAACUUAAGAAAUGAAGAACAAGUGGCCAUAAUUCAGGCCAGCACUGUGCUGUCCCUGGCAGAAAAGUGGAUCCAGCAAAUCGAAGGAGCGGAGGCUGCCCUGCACCAGAAAAUGAUGGAAUUGGAAAGUGACAUGGAACAAUUCUGCAAAAUAAAAGGCUAUUUGGAGGAAGAACUAGAUUACAGAAAACAAGCUCUCGACCAAGCAUAUAUGAGAAUCCAGGAACUAGAAGCUACUUUGUACAAUGCUCUGCAGCAAGAAACCGUUAUCAAGUUUGGUGAAUUAUUAAGUGAAAAACAGCAAGAAGAGCUGAGAACCGCGGUAGAAAAGUUACGGCGGCAGAUGCUGAGGAAGAGCAGAGAGUAUGACUGUCAGAUUCUUCAGGAGCGAAUGGAGCUCUUACAGCAAGCCCAUCAGAGAAUUCGUGACUUAGAAGAUAAAACAGACAUCCAGAAAAGACAGAUAAAGGACUUAGAAGAAAAGAGUAACCGAAAACAUGGAUAAGACCCCAGAAAGGCAAAUGCCUCUAAACCUUCAAAGAUGGCAGAAAUGUUUACAACAGUGAGAGGGAGAUCAAAUGCUAAGAACUACCCUGUAGCCAGGACUACAACUGUGUAUUUUAAAGCCAUUAUUCAAGGUUUCUUACUUGACAGUUCCUACAUGACCCUGUUGAAAAUCUACAAUAUAUGCUGCAUUUAAUGAAACAUGUAUAUGUCAAACCAGAAGAGAAGAAGUAUAAACAUAUAUUGUAUAAAGAAAAAAAAUCAGCAAUGGAAACAGUUUCAGCAGAUCAAGGAAAGAUGUGUCUUGGGCAUGGAACCAAAGUUACAAAGAAACAUUCUACCCCUGCUGUGCAGGGGGAUCAUUUUAAUGUAACACUACACCCCAUGGAAACUCUAGUCCCGAAAUAAACAUUUUAAAAAAUCAAAACAAACAAAAAACAAGGGAGGGUGGGGAA